GGGAGUAUCAUAUACAACCGGAUCCUCCAAUUUCCAAGUUAACAUCCAAUGGCUUUAAGAGUGACGCAAUUGCAUUCAUCCACCUCCUUUCUUCUUCCACUCUCUUCUAAAAAACUCCACUUUAGUCGCUUCAGAAGACCCUUUUGCUUCCCUUCUUCUUCAAUGUCAACCGAGUCAUCAACCCAACUCACUCACACCAUCACUCUACCGGGUCAACCCGUCGAAAUCGUUGCUGCACCCGGAAUCACCCCUUCUGAGUUCAGGAAUGCGAUUGAUUCGUCUUUGUUUCAACAAUGGCUGAAAAACUUGCAGGCUGAAAAUGGGGCUUUGAAUAAUGGGGUUAUGUCUUUGAACAAAGUUCUUAUUCAGGGAGUGGAUUAUUUUGGAAAGCGCAUUGGGUUUCUCAAGUUCAAAGCAGAUGUUAUUGACAAGGAAAUGGGGAAAAAGGUUCCUGGCAUUGUGUUUGCACGAGGACCAGCUGUAGCCAUCCUCAUCCUUUUGGAGUCUGAGGGUGAGACUUAUGCUGUUCUGACAGAACAGGUUAGGGUCCCUACAGGGCGAUUUGUUCUAGAAUUGCCGGCUGGAAUGUUGGAUGAUGACAAGGGUGACUUUGUGGGUACUGCAGUUCGUGAGGUUGAAGAAGAAACUGGUAUAAACUUGAAUAAAGAGGAUAUGGUUGAGCUUACAGCCUUCUUGGAUCCAUCAACUGGAGGCAAAGUUUUCCCCUCACCGGGAGGUUGUGAUGAGGAACUCAAUGUCUUUCUGUAUCAAAGACAAGUGGGUAAAGAGAUUAUUCAGCAGCUGCAGGGUAAGAAAACUGGUCUUCAAGAUCACGGUGAGAUCAUAAAAGUGCAUGUAGUCCCAUAUGCUCAACUUUGGCGCUUAACAGCUGAUGCCAAAGUUCUCAUGGCAAUUGCUCUUUAUGAAAUGGCCAAAAGAGAUGGGUGGUUGUCAAACUCUUAACUAACGACAGGAAAAAUUUUACCAUUGGUGCCAAGAGUAUUCCAUGGAGACUUCUACCUUUAGUUGCUUCUCUGUCAAUAUGUGUGAACUUAAACUCAACAUACACUCUUGAGGAACUAUCAAGGAGUUUUGAAACCUAUGCCUUGUGAUGUAAACUUCUACAAUGCUGCUAUUAUCUGCUCUGAAAUCUGUUUCAUUAUCCCAAUCUCGAGAUAAUGUCCUUAUGUAAGGAUAGUUUUUUAAAAAUUGGUCUAUGUAACAAAUAGUCUUUCAUUAUUCAAAUAUCACGUUUUUUUUUU